AUGCUCCCACCUUGGAACAGUGUCUGACUGACGACAUACGAUGCGUCCUUGAACACUGUGUCGAGAUCUGAGUCGCCUUCCACCACUUUCAGUGAUCCUUGUUCGUCCAGUGAUUUCAACAUCGGAAGGGUACACUGCUUGAACACUGCCAUCUUCCUCUUGAAUACGGCGAGAUCGUCAUCUGCAAUUUGA